AUGAAGCGGAAACGAAAAAGGAAACAUCUAGAAAGUACAUACUCCCCCGAACUUGCCAAGAUGUCAAGAGAUAAGUUGAAUUUACAAGAAGAUUACAUGCAGUGUAGAAGCAUGGCAGUGGCCUUAACUCAAGGACAGAAAGCAAGGGAGGCUUCUUCAGAGUACUUCUCCUGUGUCUCUUCUGAAGACAAGCUCACUGCUGCUGGAAUCUCAAAGUUACAUGAAUAUGAUCCAUUAUCUGGGUACUCUUGGAAGUACAGUGCCUUGGUCCCUGAAGCAAGAGAUGGAUCCUCUGAAACAGAAUACUUCUCCUGUGACUCCUCAUUUUACAAUCCUUCUUGUGCUGAAAUCUUAGGCUCAGAUGAAGAAACCCUGCUGUCUGGACCUUUUGGGUUCGUCCAAGGCCACAGCCAAAGAGCAGAGGAUUCACACUCAGAAUAUAUCUCCUGUGCCUCUUCUCUAGACAAGCUGGUUCAUGAUGAUAUGAGUGAGUGUGGGAAAGAGGAGACGCUGAGAAAGAAUCAGGCAGGCAGAUGGUUGGAAAGGGGUGUGGCUAUCUCAUGGAAUACUGGGGAAGGAUUAAAACCUUCUUCAAAGAAGAUAAGAAUAGAAGAAAUGACCUGUCCUGAAAAGGUCGCCACAGCAUUCAUCUUCUGUCAUGUAUCUACAAAGGAGCUCCUUACUGACACCGAGUUCAUCUCAGAUAGCAAAGCCCAAGAGGAAAGGGAAAAGGAAAGUCCAGCAGAACCUCCAGCUCUGGAGGAAUGUUCCAGGGCCAAGACGCCUGAAUGGCUGGUGGCUCUGGAUACUGGCUUCAGGUGCAUGGGCUGCUGCCGGGUCUUCCCCAGCUUAGAGGUCCUUCAGGAGCAUGUGGAGCGUGGGAUCAAUGAGGGCUUUAGCUGCCAUGCUUUCCAUCUUGCCUUGGCUUGGUUCAAGAGCAAGGGGAAUAGGAAAGGGAAGAAGAAGAGGAGGAAGAAGAAGAAAAUCAAGAAGGCAACAUCUGGAUGCCAUGAAGAAAAACAUUUUGGCAUGAAGAUAUCCUCAUAUAAAUAA